AUGAAGUCAACAAACAUGGAGUCGUGUUCAGACCGACUCAGUCCAUCGAGCGACCUCACUAGCGAAUCAGAAACCUCCCUACCACCUUUCCCAUACGAAACUCAAAGUGGCAACUUCUACUCCCAAACAGAACUCAGCGAAAAACAAUACUUUUCAUGCAAACAAAAAUCACCCCGAGAAGAAAAAACUAAGGAAACCUACUUACAAGAAAGUAACAAAAUAUUCGAAAACUACUUAUCGCCACAGAAGAAUAAAAAGUAUUUAAAUUUCGAACUAAAACUGCCUUCUAAUGAGAAUUUCUUUUCGCAAAUCGAUAACGAGGACAGGCGCUAUUUUAACGAUUUAAAAAGUUGCCAGAAUGAAAAUAAUCCGAAUUUGUCCGAAGUUAAAAUAACCAAUCAGAUGGCAUUCGAUAAUUUGAAUGUUGGUAACGAAAGAGAACGAGCAUCUCAGGGUUAUUUCUCUGAGAAUGAAAAUGGUAAUAUGAGGAGAUGCCUGAAUUUCAACUCUGAGCAAAUUCAGUGUUUAUGUGAAGCGUUGCAGCAAAAGGGUGAUAUUGAGAAGCUAGCUGCUUUCUUAUGGAGUUUGCCUCCCAGUGAACUGUUGAGAGGAAACGAAGCUGUACUCAGGGCUCGAGCACUGGUGGCCUUCCACCGCGGCGUCUUCCAAGAGCUGUACGGCAUCUUAGAAGCUCAUAGCUUCCCUCCACGCCACCACGCCGCCUUACAAUCCCUGUGGUUCAGGGCACACUAUCUAGAGGCAGAGAAGGUGCGCGGGCGGGCGCUAGGUGCAGUAGAUAAAUAUCGCUUGAGGAAGAAGUAUCCUCUGCCGAAGACCAUCUGGGACGGAGAGGAGACAGUGUACUGCUUCAAGGAGAAGAGUCGGAACGCCUUGAAAGACUGCUAUUACAGGAACAGGUACCCCACCCCGGACGAGAAACGAGCGCUAGCGCAGAAGACAGGCCUGACCCUGACCCAGGUCUCCAACUGGUUCAAGAAUAGGAGGCAGCGGGACAGGACGCCGCAACAACAACCAAAUAGACCGGAGAUGCUAGUACCGGCGCAGUACGCAGGUCCUCAAGGUGGUUUAGCACAAGCUUUACUUCCCAACGCCUAUUACCACCAACUUCAAGAUCCCGCGCAUUACCUCCAUGGCGGCGCGUAAAGUUGCC